AUGUCACUUACUCCGAUCCUACGGGUUGUUGCGGACGAUUCUAUCAAAGCAUGCCAGAUAUCUCCUCAGGACACGACAAAACCACCACCCACUGUCAAGAACCGCAUGGGUUAUUAUGCUUCGCAGACCAACGUUGCUAAAAACGCAGUCGUCAUCGAUGAGGAUGUUGAUGAAGUUCCUCAACCAACAGCGGAAGCCACCGCGCGGACGGAGAAUGCGGAUUCCAAAGUUGACAUCGGCAACCAAGUCCGUCUUCUUAUGCGCCGAGUCCCCCACCCUGUCGCGAUAAUUACAUCCACAAAUCCAGCUGCCCCCACGGCACAAACUUCCUUUCGUGGAAUGACAGUCUCCUCCUUCAACACGGUUACCCUCUAUCCAGAAACCAUUGUCUCAUUCAACGUAAAACUCCCCUCUGAAACUUUCAAUGCCAUCUGCUCCUCCUCCCGUUUCCUCGUGCACCUUUUGGCCCCCGCAGAUGCGACUGCACGUCUAGCCCGGGACUUCUCUCAGGGAAAUACCCAUGUCGUGCUCAAUGAUGAGAGGGAUCGUUUUUUCAAGUUCGUCUCGAUUAGUGCGGGAGAUGAUGAUCGACCACCUUCGAUUGCAGAGGGGGAGCCACCUCGUUUGACCCUGAUAAAUGCCAAGGGGGGCCCUAUUACGAGUUCUUCUGUGGACUACUUCCCGUUUAUAUUUGAAUGCCGGUAUCUUCCGCAGAGCGUGAAAGUCGGCAAUCACGUCGUUGUACUGGGGCGGGUAGUCAAUAUUAUCCAUAAAGAAGCAGAUGAGCAUCGCGAUCAGGUGAACGUACAUUCUCCAGAGCGUUUGUGCUUAUCAUAUGCGGACACCCGAUUCUGGAAAAUUGGAGAGAAUAUCGAUAUUAUAGAUUCAUAA